GAGCUGCAUUUCAUACUAGUAGCCAACAAGGAGAGUGGUAGUAGUGGUUGCUACACUUCCUCACAGCCCAGUAAAGAAGCCUUUGUGUAGGCUACUAAAAGCCAUAGUGACAGUUGUGGUGUGUUGUUUCGAGCAGGUCUCACGCGAUUUUUGCCCUUGACUCUUUCGCGAGUGGGGAGCACUUUAAUAUGAAGAAUAUGACCUUCCGAAAGUUAAAGAAACUUAACUCCAGUGACCCGGACUGUGGAACAUCGGACAGCGGCGAGAUAUACUUCAGCUCUUCCAAAUCGGACAGCUGUAGAACCAUGGAAUCCAACAGUUCUUCAGAUGUUUACAACUACAGGACCCUGGCGUAUUCUGGGGGGACGCUGCCCCGGAAUUUCAGAAAGGGUGGCCUGCAGAAGUGGAAGCCCCUGACAAAGUCUCCGGAGCUGCAAAGGAAAGUCAUCGUUCUGGAGAAGGAAGAUGAGGAGACGUUUGGCUUUGAGAUUCAGACGUACGGGCUGCACCACCAGAACGAGAACUCGGUUGAGAUGUGCACGUUCGUCUGCAAGGUUCACGAGGGCAGCCCCGCGCAAAACGCCGGCCUCCGUGUUGGGGACACCAUCGCAAGUGUGAACGAGGCCGUCGUGGAAGGAUUUCGACACAAGGAGAUCGUGCAGCUGAUUAGGUCCUCCGGGAACUCCAUCAGGCUGGAGACCGUGUACAGUGACUCAAUACGGAAAGCAGAACUUGAGGCCCGCUUGCAAUUUUUAAAGCAAACCCUGCACGAGAAGUGGGAUGAGUUCCGAUCUCUGAUGGUGCAGGAGCAGAGGCUUGUUCAUGGAAUCGUGAUGAGUGACGCGGCGGUGUACGAGUCACUGGAGUCCGCCCGGGCUUUUGUGUACGGCAGCCUGGGAGCGCCCAGCCCCGCCGCCGUCCGCGCUGUCCGCUGCACGGGCAGCAACAGCAGCAGCGCCAGCCGCCUGAGCGUCGCCACGGACGACGACCCUCUCUACCAGACCUGCCUGUACCAGGACGACCAGACCGACAGCAACAGCGGCUCCAUGAACGACGUGAAGCAGUCCCAGCGGUGCACCCGCCCCGCCAGCGAGCUCUUCCCCCCCUCCAAGACGCACCUCACCCGAAGUGCCAGCACCCGCAGCUACCUGAGGGGGUCCUCCACGCCAGCAGGGGGCGACAAGCAGGGCAGCUUUGGGUCCCUGCCCCGAAAACCCAAGCAGAAGAGCUUCCGCAGACGUCUGCUAAAGUUCAUCCCAGGACUGAACCGGGCUCUGGAGGAAGAGGAAAGCAAGCUUUGAUACUUAAACCAAGAAGACUAGACAGCCCCCAAACCCCCUUGUCUCCUCAGUACCCCCUCCCUCACCCAAGGGCUCCUUGUAAAUAUCUUUAAUUUUUUUCUAUAUU